CGGGUAAUCGAGCUAUUGGCUGGAGCCCCCGCCCCAGGGCGAGGAGGCGAAGGAGGGGCAGCAGGGUUUGGUUGAGCUGCAGCUGUUUGUCUGUUCGACACAGACUCGGGGCCGACGGGGGAGACGGAGCCCCAGGACUGUUGAAACCUGGAAGUCCCCUCCCCUUCCCCCUCCCCCCUUUGCGACAUCCCCCUCCCUCCACCCUUUCCCACUCUGAUAAUCUGGCCAUGACUAGCAGAAGCACAGCCAGGCCCAACGGGCAGCCCCAGGCCAGCAAAAUAUGUCAGUUCAAAUUGGUCCUGCUGGGAGAAUCUGCAGUGGGGAAAUCAAGUCUUGUGUUACGUUUUGUCAAAGGGCAAUUCCAUGAGUACCAGGAGAGCACCAUUGGAGCGGCCUUCCUCACCCAGUCCGUUUGUCUAGAUGACACAACAGUCAAGUUUGAAAUCUGGGACACAGCUGGGCAAGAGCGAUACCACAGCUUAGCCCCCAUGUACUACAGGGGUGCCCAAGCUGCAAUUGUGGUUUACGACAUUACUAAUCAGGAAACCUUUGCCCGAGCGAAGACAUGGGUAAAGGAGCUACAACGACAGGCCAGUCCUAGCAUCGUUAUUGCCCUGGCAGGGAACAAAGCUGACCUGGCCAACAAGCGCAUGGUGGAGUAUGAAGAGGCCCAGGCAUAUGCCGAUGACAACAGCUUAUUGUUUAUGGAGACUUCAGCCAAGACAGCUAUGAACGUGAAUGAUCUCUUCCUGGCAAUAGCUAAGAAGUUGCCAAAGAGUGAACCCCAGAGUCUGGGGGGUGCGGCAGGCCGAAGCCGGGGUGUGGAUCUCCAUGAACAGUCCCAGCAGAACAAGAGCCAGUGUUGUAGCAACUGAGGGGGUGGCUAGCGGCAAACAAGUAUGGAGCUAGCACGAGAGCUAAGAAAUAACCUCCAUCCCCACCCCUCAGCACACAGCCCCUACGGUAACAGCACACUGAGCCCUGGCUCCCAAGGGCUGCCUCCUGACAGCUCCGUCAUGGCACUUUUUAACGCUUCAGCAACCAACACCAGGCAGCUGUUGCCACUGGCCUCCUACCCCCCACUCUGGGGCUUGGGGGUCAACUCCCCCCAGGACUUACCUUCCAAAACAAACUUUCUUCACUUUGUAUUAUAGGUACAAGACAGUGACCUACUUAUCUUUUCUCUUCCUCCCCAGUGUUCUUCCCCAUUUUUUCAGAAAACAACUUUUGUCUCUUGCCCCUUCCCCCUUCUGCUUAUGGUCAAUCCCUGUUCUUGAUCCUUUCUCUUCUCCCCAGGAUGGAGAAGGUGGUGAACCCAGGAACUGAGGAAGGAGGUUUCCAGUUCAGUCACAUUAAGGGCCCUGGGAAAGAAUAAAGCUCAGAGCAGGAGGGAGUAAGGAAACAUUUCCUUUUUGUUUUUAUUUGGUUGGAGUUUUUCAUAUUUGAAAACACCGAGGUAUCCGUGAGUUGGCCUUGUAGAGGGUAUUCCUAGGUAGAGGUGAGAAUGGGGAGACAAGCUCUCAGACACCAGGUGGGAGGUGUGUUGUUAGCUGACUGGGCAGAGGUGGAGAUGCAGUGUCACCUGCAGCUCUGGAACUCUUCUGGGGCUCAAUUUCCCCUCACCCAUCCUCAUCUUAGGUAGCUUCUCCCCUGUAGUGGGGAUGGGCCCCCAGAGUCCUCCAAAGAAUCUUCACUCGUUGCCUGCUUCUUUGGCUCUGCUGUGAUCUAAUUGGAGGAGGGACCAGUUUCUGUUAUCCAUCCUCUAAUUUAUACAUACGCAUUUUCCCCUCUGGCCUUUAGAUGGCCUCAGACCCAGCCACCAUAUGCCCCUGCAGUUUGCACUUUAAUUGAUGGUAGUUCAGUUGGGACACUUGUUUUAUGGGGGUUUUGGUUGAUUUACCCACCCUCUCACCUUUUUAAUUAAAUGGAAUCUGAGGUAUAUAUGAGGUUUGGGGGGGGCAUGGAGAAAAGGACCAGUGGCAGCUACUCAAGCCCAAUAUCCACUGUUUGCUUCCCCCAACUCUGAUCAUAACCUAUAUUCUUGCCAACCUAGCUCUUGAGUAUAGGCUUGCCUUUCCUGGAGAAUUAACUGAGCAACUGGGGAGUGGUCUCAGGAUAGCACAGGCCAGGGCAGGGGAGCAAAGAGGGGUCAGACAAAAGGGAGGAGUUUUCUAUCCUUUCCCAGGGUUCACAUUCAAUUUGAUAUCCAUUACCAUGUCUUUUCUACUUCCCUGUAAAUAGGUAUGACCUUUAUGCCCACUGUACAGUCUGUUCUGUCCCCUGCCUCCCAUCAGGCCCUCUUUCUUUUUUCCUUUGUUAGUAUCUCGAGUUUAGUGCCAUCCUUAUCCCCAUUCCCCCCCCCCAUGCAACCAGUGGUUUUAGCCCAUGUACCACUAGGGGCUAGUACCACAGAGGCCUCCUCGUGGUGCCCUUACGUCAUACCACCUGUUCCCGUGGACAGGGAAUGACUAGCACUGACGGUACCUCACAGCUGUCUCAUAUCAUCAGAGAACCUCGGUCCUUUCUAAAUCUCUAGCCUCUCUUCAUAUCCCUCAUCAGGUGUUUUAGGUUGUCUGUGGGAAGCCAUCAAGGCAAGAGAGUUCCUUCUUGUUCCAACCGAGAUUUUUGGGGAAGAAAGAUAGGAAAGGUCACAGUGACUUAGGAUUGGAACCGUUCUGCCCUUUUGGCUUACAGACUGCCUUCUGUUCCAGAGCAGCUGAGAAGUCCAUGAAGCUGAGAUUCUGAAGGACCCAGCUCAGGUUCUUCCACUUAGGCCUCAGUUCCCUUCUUUUCCAGGGGCAGCCUUAGUUCCCACGGCCCUGAAACAUACACAUUUCCCUCUUCCUUUCCCAGAACCUCCUGGCCCCCAAAGCACCCAGUGCAUCCUUUUUACAAGUGGAAGAACUAGGGUGGCUCUCUUUAAGUCUCUUAGAAAUGAAGUUCUUUUCUGUGCAGCUUUCUCUAUGGAGCAGGAGUGAAGAUGUCUCAUUGCCUUGGGGCUGGGAAACCAUUUCCCCAGACUUCUCCCCACUCCCCAUAGGAACAGGAUUGGCCUUAGCUUCUGGGCCUAUCUGCUGCCUUCCCUCUACUUCCUACCAGCUCUUCUGCCUUCCUUUGAGUUCUGUUGGGCUUGGGGAUCUUAGUUUUUUAUUUCCCAGCUCUUCAUUUUUUUCUUCUGGUCAAUUUUUUUUAGGGGGGGGGAUGUUGUGGUUUUUUUGUUUUUGUUUUUGCUUCUAAGAAAGCAUUUGCCUUUCUUCCUCUCCCAACUUAACAAUCGUGGUAACAGAAUGCGACUGCUGAUUUACCGAUGUAUUUAAUGUAAGUAAAAAAGGAGAAAAAAAAA